AUGCCUACUAUAGGCUUGCAAAAGAACAAGGGUGGCGCGCGCGAAGUGCUCUCUCGGGUGCUCAUCAAGGGCGAAAAGUUCGGGAGGGCGGCGUGGCAGGACCGGGAGGCGAAACUGCGACAGCAGAUGCUGAACCUCUUCCCGGAGAACGAGGAACCGUCCGCGCGCCAAGGAGUCGCACCCGACGCCGCUCCCGCCGCAGAACCUCAACCGAGGGGAGACGUCAAAAUCGUGUCCAUCGACCUCCAGCCCAUGAGCCCGCUGCAAGGCAUCAUCACCCUCCGAGCCGACAUUACCCACCCCGCUACCGUGCCUCUCCUAUUAAAAGCGCUAGACCCGUCCUACGACCCCAAGUCCAUGAGCCAGCAGGCCGUGCAACCCGUUGACCUCGUCAUCAGCGACGGCGCGCCCGACGUUACCGGCCUGCACGAUCUCGACAUCUACGUGCAGUCGCAGCUGCUCUUUGCCGCUCUCAACCUGGCCCUGUGUGUCCUAAAGCCCGGCGGCAAGUUCGUAGCCAAGAUCUUUCGAGGUCGCAACGUCGACCUGCUCUACGCCCAGAUGAAAAUCUUCUUCGAAAAGGUCGUCGUCGCCAAGCCCCGCUCAUCGCGGGCAAGCAGCGUCGAGGCCUUCAUCGUCUGCAUCAACUUCCGGCCCCCUCCGGGCUUCAAGGCGAGCCUGGAAGACCCGCUGGGCGUGGGCCAUAAGCUCGCAUCGCUGGUUGACGAGAGGAGGCGUCAGUUUCCGAUAAUCGCCGAAGCGAGCACGCAAGAUCCCGCCAGCGGAACCUGGGGAGGUGCCUCUGCUACUCACAGCUCAUUCUCUUCCACAGAGGACGUUGUCGAAGUCGAAGCGUUCGAUGAGCAGGCUGAAGAGGGUCGGGGAGCAGAUCCCGUACAACCGCCCACAGCACCACCAUACAAACGGGCUAUCGAGCUACGGAAAGCGGCUGGUGGCGCUAAUGGGAAAACGGCCAAGGCUUAG